CAAAGCUCUGUGUUUCAUCUCAUAUGUGUGAGGAAAUCUAGACUGCAUCAUGUUUAUGGUCACACGCUUUAGAGGAAACAUAAUGAGGUUACAGCUCUAUCUUCUCAUAUGGGCUCAAACUGUAAAUGCUUUGAUGGAUAAACUAACAGAUCUUGGACAGAAUGUGAAUAUAAACUGUGAUCUAGAUGGGAAUGAGGUUUAUUGGAUUUUACUAAAACUACCAGAUCCACCAGUUAUCAUACUGCGCACCACCACACAUAAACCUUUUUACUACAAUAAAAAAUAUAAACAAAAAUAUUUUAUUCAAUCAAAGAAUCAACUGUUUAUCAAUAAUGUCACUCUUGAUGAGUUAGGAGUUUAUUACUGUAUGAACACAGACACAACAAGCAAAACAUUCAGCAAUGUCACCAGAUUACACAUCAAUGGUACAUAUCCAAUUCCAGAAAGCCAAAAUAAAACUGUGGAGUUGCAUUGUGGGCAGACUCUGACACAAUGCCAUAUAGUUAGCAUCAUUUCUGGUGUAUUUAAUGCUGUUCUGCUUAUUGUGGUUAUAGGACUAAUGAAAGUGUUUGUGUUUGGAAGUAAGACAAUCAGCAAAACCCCAAAAACUCAGGAUAACCUGCAACAACCUGAAGAUUCGGGGCAGUACGCUGAGGUGACUUUUACCACACGGUGCAAGCCCACCCAAAUCAACAGCACUUAUGCACUUGUACAGCUGCCUACAUCACAAACUUGUAACAAUAAAUAACUUCAUUUAGUUUCCUAUUGCGUUAUGAUUUACUUUGUUGUGUUCUGUAUGUUAAUGUAAUAAUGUGUUAUUAUUACAUCUCUGUGGGAACGGAUAUUUUAGAAAUAACUACGGAAGUUGUGCUUAACAUUUUCUUUUAAUAAAGAGUCAUAUGGGACAUGUAAAAAAAUGAUGACUACAUUUUUAUUUAAUAUAUUCCUAUGCUUUUAGAUAAAAAUGGCUCCUAGCUGUCACUAUAGGUCAGGAGGACCGUUUCAAAAAAUGCAUCUUUGCAUCUAAAGAGUUUAUUUUAGUUCA